AUGUUGUCACUUGGUGCAUACAAGCGGCUAUUGAAGGAGGAGGCAAUGCUGGAGAAGUCUGCAGAUGAUGAGGGGAAGCUUUUCAAGGCAUACCCGUCUGUCCACAAUGGAGAGAAGAUUUACAAUGUGUGGGAUAUAUACUUUACGCUUGGAGGAGAUUCACUGUAUUCGGGGAGUAUUGUUAAGGCACACAUGAAGUUUCCUGAUUGCUAUCCGCUUCAGCCACCGAAGGUGACGUUUGUGUCUGAAAUGUUCCACCCGAAUAUAUAUGAGAAUGGACAGAUGUGUAUAUCGAUUCUUGAGGAGGACGUUCCGGACCCUACUGGAUAUGGGGAUUCGAAAGACAAGUGGGCGCCUGUGCAGAACAUCCGGACUAUUUUGCUGUCGAUAGUGAUUAUUCUUAAUGAGCCGAAUAGGUCGUCGCCUGCAAAUGUGGAAGCGUCUGUGAUGUCGAGGGACCACCCGGAGGAUUAUGCCAAAAAGGUGAUUAAGACUGCAAGGGAGGAGCAUCAGAAACUGUUGAGUACAGAUAAACGAGCCAAAGAAAUAUCACUAAGUAUGGAGGAAUAUGAUCAAACGAACAAUGAAUAA